ACUAUUUUUAUUUUUAUUUUUUUAUAUUGUGGAGACCGCAGGCUGGUCCCCACAAUGUCAAAAAUUUCAGGUUUUACUAUCCUUGUGGGGACAUUUGGUCCCCACAAUGUAGCAAAAAAAAGUACACACACACACAAAACUGUGCAUCAAUUUGUACCUUAAAGGUGCUGUAUUACCUGGAUUAUAAAUAUUAAUACUUUUUGGAGGAUGCAGUCUACUCUGACUACAGAAUAAGCAACUAAAUUGUUGGGAAAGCUACUUUGUAUUUUAAAAAUGAAGACAUUCAAAAGCAUUAGCUAAUGUAAAAACAAAACAAACAAAAAAAAACAAUGUCUUAGCAUGAUUUUUGUUCUGAAUAGCAUGCAUAAAACUCACAAGCAAACUUUCAUCUGAUGUUUAAUCUGGAGCCAUUAAAUUGCAUUUUUUUCUUUGAGCCAGACAGAUGUGCCAGGGCCUACACCUUGUAAGUGUCCCUAAAUAGCACAUACACACACAGUUUGCAACCAUAUGAAACACGACUCCCUGCACUGUUGCUUGGAUUCCCACCCCAUUCCACAGUGGAAUAUAGGGCUCUAUUUAUAGAGCUGGUGGAGCCCGUGGCCCUGAGCUCGGCAGAACGCAGUCAUUACAGCCACUUUCCCUAGUGCACUUCAACUCAAAGCCCAGCACACGCCAGUGUGUGUGAGUGUGGAAACAGUGCUAGACAGAGUUCUAAGGCAAUCGGUGUUAAAAGAAGAAGAACUUUUGAAGAAAGUAAGAACCUGAUACCAUCUCAUGUGGGAUAUUUUUUGGACCUAGCUCGUCUUGAAGAGACACUUCAGCUAUAGCAUAUGAAGGUGACUUUUGACUCGUUUGGAACUAUCUGCGAAGAUCCAGUGGUCACGAUCAACUGACAAGAACCAAAAGCAAGACUUGUGAGGACAAGGUGACUAUGUAAAACCCAAGCUGUAAGGUGCCACAGGGAGCCACUGACUGGAAUUUGGAACUUUGUUUAAAUAACAGAAAUGAUUUGAACUCAAAAGACGAUUCUCUUGUUGGUUUGCUAUUUUGCUAGACAAUCUUUUGAAAAGCUAAAAGCACUGAAAAGUUACUUUUCACUCACAGACAGAGAGAAGAUCUAGAGUUUUUACUGUAAUCUGAUCCCACACACUCUGCAGUAAUUAUAAAGCAGGGUUGGGAAGCAGUAAAGGAGAUUUGUCAUUAGGGCUGCCUAAAUAAAGAGGCAGGCAAAGGGCGAGGUUUGUGGACUGGGCCGUGGAGGUGCAGCGACGCUCAUCUGAUUCAUCCAGAUCCACCCAAAGCUUCCCAUGGACCCCCAAGGAGGCCAUUAUCUAAACAAGGGAGCAGUGCUGUCCGGACUCGGCGCUGCCCGGAUGUGCCAGCUGCUCCUGGGUUGCACCACCAUGGCCCUGGUGGCCCACAGUGCGGGUUUCAGCGCCACCUACGGGACCUACUGCAUGUUCGUCUGGUGCUUCUGCUUUGCCGUUACACUCGUGGUCUUUACUCUGGACGUGACGAGGCUACAUGGGUGUAUGCCCAUCUCCUGGGACAACUUCACUGUGGCCUUCGCCAUGUUGGCCACUCUCAUGUACGUCACGGCCUCUGUAGUCUACCCCGUCUAUUUUCUCAGAUCCGAAUGCCCAUCUGAGGGCUGCGAGGUGCGCAACUAUCGCAUCGCAGUCACUGUUUGCUCCAGCGUUUGUUGCUUCGCUUACGGAGCUGAGGUGUUCAUCACACGGGCCAAGCCGGGCCAUGUGGUUGGCUAUAUGGCUACCAUGUCUGGCCUGCUCAAGGUGGUCCAAGCCUUCAUAGCCUGCAUCAUUUUUGGCGCUCUAGCCAAUGACAGUGAAUACAACCGCCACAUCCCUACACAAUACUGUGUGGUGGUCUACAGCCUGUGCUUCGCCGUAACUGUCGUCGUUGUGGCUCUCACCGUCUCGGGGAGAACGUCUUCGCUGCGCUUUCCUUUCGACCGCUUUGUGGUCAUCUACACCUUCCUGGCCGUGCUGCUGUAUCUGAGUGCUGCUGUGGUCUGGCCGAUUUUUAGUUUUGAUAAGAAGUAUGGCACCCCGGGGCGACCAGAAGACUGCCCUAGAGGAAAGUGCCCAUGGGACAGCAAGCUGGUGAUUGCCGUGUUCACUUCUGUUAACCUGGUGCUGUAUUUCACCGAUCUGGUGUACUCUCAAAGAAUACGAUUUGUCUCGCAUUCAUCUGCAUAAGACCAGCUCAUCUCCAGUCCGGUGGACAUAUGAAUUCUGGAAAUGAAGCAUGAGAAGUGUUGAAACAUACAGCCAUGCCAAUAAAAUAUGGUUGUGUGUAUUUGUAGUACUUCAAAAUAUUCUGGGUUUUUGUAAUUUUGUUGAUUAGAAUGAAAAUGUUUAGACUUUCUAACUGCAAUUCUAACUCCAGCUUUGCUUAGUAGAAUGAAAUCAAAACAAUUUUAAACAAUGUAAAAGUGACUUCCGUGACAAUACCUCUCUGCAGUUCACUGACACUGUAUGUCUUAAAGGGAUAGUUCACCCAAAAAUGUAAAUUCUGCCAUUGUUUUCUCACCUUUAUGUAAUUUUAAAGUGACUGUAAUUUUAAUAUACUUUGAGUUUUGGUGAUUGUAUUAGAAGAAAAAAAAAAAAAAAGAAGAAGAAGAAAUCUAUUAUAUGCCACAGAAAGUCAUAGAGUUUGAAGAUGACAUGAGGGUGAGUAAAAUAUGACAGAAAUGUAAUUUUAGGGUGAACUAUCCCUUUAAGAAUGGUUUUUGCUUUAAGUUUGUUGUGAAUUAGAACAGUUCUGGCUUACUAUGAGUACAACCUAAAGUGUAUUUUUUAUAUUUGAAGUAUGCAUGUAAUGUUAUAAUAAUGUUAUAUGUCAAACAUUAUUAUUAUUAUUAUUAUUAUUAUUUGAGAUUUUGAGAAUAUAGCCUAUCAAUUGUUUAUGUAUUGUCCAUAAAUACUAUUUUAUUUUAUUUUAGAUAGCAAUCCCUGUAUAUCUGGUCAAUCUACUCAGACUCCAAUAAUAGUUCAGUAUGUUGUUUUUGUUUGUUUGUUUAUUUGUUUUAACAGCAUGUAACAAUAUAUUGUUACUUCUUCUCAGUACAUUUAAAUAAAUCAAAAUAUGUGGGUAAACUGGA